AUGCCUCUCUUCAAGCAUCCCAUUCGUCGUUUCCAACGUCGGCCGCUCAGAUUCUUUUCUGGUACUUCGGAGGAUGUCGCUAUCAAGUCGAUGACCAGCGAAUUGGAUCGACUUGUGAAUACGGUUCCUGAUCCCAUAGGCCGGAAGCUCUUUCUUGAGGAAAUGAGAACAUUUCUGGUACUGUACAACAGAUAUAUAUCUGAGAAGAACGAAGGCAAGAAAACAGACUGGCAGAAAGUCGACCCUCUUGCAGGCGACCAUAUUGUUCGCUAUGACCAAUUGCCUCCUGUCGGAAAUUCGCUCUUGAGCAAACUUGCCGUGCUCAAGGUCAGUGGGGGUCUUGGAACGUCUAUGGGGAUGGCCGGUGCAAAAAGCGCCCUCGAAGUUCAGAAUGACCUCACGUUCUUGGAUUUGAUUGCCCAACAAAUUGAACACUUGAAUGCCACUGAACAUUCAGAUGUGCCCCUUCUGUUGAUGACGUCUUUCAACACCGAAGAAGACAUCAUCCGUGUCAUAAAGAAAUAUACCAAUCGACAGGUGAAGAUCACCACUUUCAAUCAGUCGCGGUUUCCUCGGGUCCUCAAGGACUCGUUGCUGCCUUUUGCGAAGAGCGUGCAUGAAGGAAAAGCAGCGUGGUAUCCUCCUGGCCACGGUGACCUGUAUACCUCGCUGUCUCGGUCAGGCGUCCUCGAUCGCUUGUUGUCGGAGGGCAAAGAAUAUCUUUUCGUGUCGAAUGCUGACAAUCUCGGAGCCAUUGUGGAUCAACGCAUCCUUCAGUACAUGGCAGAGACGCAAAGCGAAUUUAUUAUGGAAGUCACGAGUAAGACCAAGUCUGAUACAAACGGAGGGACCCUCGUUGAUUACGACGGUGCCAUACGCUUUCUUGAAACGGCCCAAGUCCCUCCCGAAUCUCUCGACGAAUUCCAGGAUGCACGUAGGUUCAAGAUGUUCAAUACGAACAACCUCUGGAUCGAUCUGAGGGCCCUCCAGCGCGUAAUACAGAAGGAAGGGAUGUCACUCGACGUCAUGGCAAACUCCAAGACGCUGGAUGACGGACGUACAGUCCUCCAGCUCGAAACGGCUGCAGGUUCGGCCAUCAAGCACUUCAACAACGCACGGGGUAUCAACGUCCCUCGGUCCCGUUUCCUUCCCGUCAAGAACUGCUCAGACCUGCUCCUCGUCAAGAGUGAUAUCUUCCGGCUGGACCACGGCAGGCUCGUGAUGAACGAGAACAGAAUGUUCUACACGCUUCCUGUCAUCAAGCUUGGCGGACACUUCAAGAAGAUUCAGCAGUUCCAGAAGCGGUUCAGGCAGAUCCCGCGAAUCAUCGAGCUGGAUCACCUCACUGUUGCAGGAGAUGUGUACUUUGGGCGGAAUAUCACUCUGCGUGGGACGGUCAUCAUUGUUGCGAAUGAGGGACAACGUAUCGACAUUCCCGAUGGCUGCGUCCUUGAGAACCGGCUGGUAUCCGGUAACUUGACCAUGAUCGAAUUGUAA